GAAGGCUGAACUAAAGUUUGGAGUUACAGAGAUCCCCGCCCCUCCAUGCACAUUAUAUAGUGCAACCUGGACACCAACAGGCCAAUAUCUGGCUAACCAUUCAAACCAUAAGGCUGUCUUUACAUCACUAUGAAAGGCGACAUGGAGAGCCUGCCCAAGAUGGACCCCUCCAAUGACCACAGUCGGCCCCUGGACAUUGUGCCACAGAGCGAUGAGAAGAUGAAGGAAAGGGGUCAGUGGGGAAACAAGGUGGAGUUUGUCCUGUCUGUCGCCGGGGAGAUCAUAGGACUGGGAAAUGUGUGGCGCUUCCCUUACCUGUGCUACAAGAACGGAGGCGGUGCUUUCUUCAUCCCCUACCUGAUCUUCCUCUUCACGUGUGGGAUCCCAGUAUUCUUCCUGGAGACAGCUCUAGGACAGUACACCAGCGAGGGAGGUGUCACCUGUUGGAGGAAGAUCACUCCACUGUUUGAAGGAGUGGGCUAUGCCACACAAGUCAUCGUGGCUCUGUUGAACUUCUAUUACAUCAUCGUCCUGGCCUGGGCCAUCUUCUACCUGUCCUACUCCUUCACCUGGGACCUGCCCUGGGCCUCCUGCAACAACACAUGGAACACAGAUUCUUGCAUGGAGUUCCAGAGGAGGAAUGACUCGUUCAAUCAGCCACGUCUGAACGCCACGUCUCCUGUCAUUGAGUUCUGGGAGCGGAGGGUUCUGCGUAUCUCCUCUGGCAUAGACAAUAUAGGAUCUCUCAACUGGGACCUGGUUCUGUGUCUGGCCAUAGCCUGGAUACUGGUUUACUUCUGUAUCUGGAAGGGAGUCAAGUCCACUGGCAAGGUGGUGUAUUUUACAGCUACCUUCCCCUACAUCAUGCUGUGUAUCCUGCUCAUCAGAGGGGUCACCCUACCGGGAGCCUUCAUAGGAAUCAAAUUCUACCUCUACCCAGACCUGAGCCGCCUGUCCGACCCACAGGUAUGGAUGGAUGCAGGGACUCAGAUCUUCUUCUCGUAUGCCAUCUGUCUGGGGUGUCUGACUGCCCUGGGGAGCUACAACAAGUACAACAACAACUGCUACAGAGAUUGCUUGUCGUUAUGCUUCCUGAACAGUGGGACCAGUUUCGUGGCUGGCUUUGCCAUCUUCUCCAUCCUGGGCUUCAUGUCUUAUGAGCAAAAUGUGCCCAUCUCAGAGGUGGCAGAAUCAGGUCCUGGUCUAGCCUUCAUAGCGUACCCCCGUGCUGUGUCUAUGAUGCCCUUCUCUCCUCUCUGGGCCUGUUUCUUCUUCAUCAUGAUCGUCUUUCUGGGGCUGGACAGCCAGUUUGUGUGUGUGGAGAGUCUGGUGACGGCCAUGGUGGAUAUGUACCCUAAAACGUUCCGUCGUAAGAACCGCAGAGAGCUCUUCAUUCUGGCGGUUGCCAUCUUCUCCUUCCUCAUGGGUCUCAUCAUGCUGACCGAGGGAGGCAUGUACGUCUUCCAACUCUUUGACUACUAUGCUGCCAGUGGGAUGUGCCUCCUCUUUGUGGCUGUCUUUGAGACAGUUUGCAUUGCUUGGAUUUAUGGUGCUGACCGUUUCUAUGACAACAUUGAGGACAUGAUUGGCUACCGCCCUGGGCCUAUUAUCAAAUACUGCUGGAUGUUCUUCACUCCUGCUACCUGCUUAGGUACUUUUGCCUUCUCCCUGAUCAAGUACACCCCUCUGAAGUACAACAAUGAGUAUGUGUACCCCUGGUGGGGCUAUGGCCUGGGCUGGCUCCUGGCCCUGUCCUCCAUGCUCUGUGUCCCCCUCUGGGUGGUCAUCAAAAUGUGUUCUGUGGAAGGUACCCUGAAGGAGCGCUUUAUAAUCCUGACCACACCGUCCACUGACUUACCCAAAACCAAGAAGGAACAAGAGAAGCUGCUGGCCAUCUUUGCUGCUGAUGGGGACAGCCUCCGUCAAAGACACCCUCCCACCAAGGAAGGCUACUUCCCCGUCAACGAGAAGGAGUCCAACUGCUAGAGCUGGGAACGUGUACCCAGGCCUUGUGAGGUCCCAUGUCCCUCCCCUCGACAUGGCAUCUGCCUUGGGCCCGUCCCAAACCUCUCCUCAACGAUACCUCAUAACUGCACAACUGCGGCUAAAUGAGCACAGAUGCAGAGAAACUGGUGCUGCUGUGCCCUGGCUCUUUCUCUCCUACAUGGUCUCUCAGAGACAAUAUAGACUACUGUUUCAGGUGCUGUUGUUAAAUCGUGUAUGUACUGAUGUUCACCCACUCAAUGCUACUGGCUCUUCCAUCUACACUUCCAUCCACGGGACAGUAGCUCGCCACAUCUGCCUCACACUGUUGCCUGAACAACCAGGAACUCUAGCUGGGUUGUGCUGAUUUAGUUCGCCAAUGACAACGUGUAGCAGACAUUGAAAUGGUGUGAUUCAGUGAUUUGUUAUAUGUCCAUUGUGGUUGAGACUUGAGAAUGUUUGUCUGAUGAUCACAUCUGCUUUCUAAGGAUGUGUUUUUUGUUUUCCUUUUUUCCAUGGACAUCUCUGAUGUUCAGCUCGGCACAUGUUGUACGAAUACUACUUCAAGUUGUUUUUCAGUUAGUUCUAGCUUCUGGCGGAAUGAAAUGUUUCCUUCCAAGCACAGUCGUAGAGUUUCAGUUGAAUACAGUCCAGUUACAUUGUGAUGUUUAUUUCAGGACUUAGUUGAAAGGACUGCCUCAUACAGCACAUCGUAACAGUGCUUUACAACAUAAUCCCUCCGUCUGUCCUCCCUCUACCACGUUCUCAUGUAGGGUCGUUCCUGAUUUCUAUUCAGCUGUGAGAGACACUGUGAUGAGGUAUUAUUUUAGUGCAUUAUGUUGAACCUGUUACAGUCAUAUCAGUUGAUAUAGUAAAUACAUCAAUCUAAUCCAUAUGUUAGUUCAUUUACCCCGGGAUGCUAAACCUUCGCUGACAACAUUUUUAGACGACAAAUAAAGGAACAAAUAAAGGAAUGCGAUAACCGCAUGCCAACUAAAAGCACCAUGUCAUUGUGGUUACAAUAAGCAAUGCAGAGUUGAACAAGAAUUCAAUGUAUACUUUUUUUGCCUCCGAAUACUAUGAUUUUAGAUUAAUAUAUUGGCAAGUGCCAAUAUGUUACACACAACCUAUACAGUUUAAUUUCCAGAUUCAUGUCAGAAGAAUUGCAUCAAAAAUACAUCUGAAGCCCAAGUGUCUGUCUCUAUUAUAGUAAUCUAACAUAGCAGGAGUAAAAUAAACCUGUAGAAAACAGACUGAAUAGGCUUUGCUAGCCUAAGGUUGUUGUUUGAGUUUAGGAUUAAGUCAGGCAUACUAUAAAUGUAUUGCUUUGAUUCAAAAGCUUACUUGGACAUAUAAUCAUUGCGUAUUAGCAUUUUAAUCAUACCCACUGGGCACAGACGUCAGUUCAACGUCUAGUUUUGAUUUACAUUUUGUUGAGUUGUCAACUAACGUGAAUUCAACAUGAAAUCAACAACAAUUUUCAACAUGUCAAUGGAUUUAGGUUCAAAGUUGGGUGACAAAAAGACAAAAUGCCCCUAUGUUGAUAAUUUUUUGCAAAUCCAAUAAAUUCUCCUCAUUGAUUUAACAUCACAUACAUUUUGGGGGUUGAAAUGAUGUGUAAACAAUGUUGAUUCAACUAUUUGUUUUGCCCAGUGGGUAGUCCUAUGUUAGGUUUUUAAGUACUUUGAAUUGUAAAACCAGGAUAUUUGCAUUGCUCUCAUCCUUGGCUUGAUAAAAAAAAAAAAAACUGUAUACAAUCGUAUAUAUAUAUAUAUAUAUAUUUCUAAACUGUAUACCAAGUCCAAAAUGUGAUAAAGCACAUGACAAACAUAGUUUAAAAACUAGUGAAAGUAUGGAUUGUGUUAAAUAUAUUUUUGUUGUACAGAAUUUUGGCAUUUGAAAUCAUUGUACAGUACACUACAUUAUACCAUCAUAGCGAGCAGCUUAGAGGUGAGAAGCUGGAGAGAAAGAGUUUUCCGGUAAUACUGAACUUGAGUUUCAUACCUUUUACCUUGGAAAUAUGAAAUGUCUCGGAAAGUCUGUUAUUUGCUUAUAUUGUGGCCUAUUCAUUAAUUAAUUAUAUAAUCAUCUACUUUGCCAUAUCAUACAAUAACAACUUUGAAAAGUAUACGCUCUUCCACUUCCAGUAUGUGUUCGUCAGUAUUGCCAAUGACAUGUCCAGUGAAGUAUAAGCUCUUACACUUCCAGUAUGUGUUCGUCAGUAUUGCUAAUGACAUGUCCAGUGAAGUAUAAGCUCUGACACUUCCAGUAUGUGUUCGUCAGUAUUGUCAAUGACAUGUCCAGUGAAGUAUAAGCUCUGACACUUCCAGUAUGUGUUCGUCAGUAUUGCCAAUGACAUGUCCAGUGAAGUAUAAGCUCUUACACUUCCAGUAUGUGUUCGUCAGUAUUGCCAAUGACAUGUCCAGUGAAGUAUAAGCUCUGACACUUCCAGUAUGUGUUCGUCAGUAUUGCCAAUGACAUGUCCAGUGAAGUAUAAGCUCUUACACUUCCAGUAUGUGUUCGUCAGUAUUGCCAAUGACAUGUCCAGUGAAGUAUAAGCUCUGACACUUCCAGUAUGUGUUCGUCAGUAUUGCCAAUGACAUGUCCAGUGAAGUAUAAGCUCUGACACUUCCAGUAUGUGUUCGUCAGUAUUGUCAAUGACAUGUCCAGUGAAGUAUAAGCUCUUACACUUCCAGUAUGUGUUCGUCAGUAUUGCCAAUGACAUGUCCAGUGAAGUAUAAGCUCUUACACUUCCAGUAUGUGUUCGUCAGUAUUGCCAAUGACAUGUCCAGUGAAGUAUAAGCUCUGACACUUCCAGUAUGUGUUCGUCAGUAUUGCCAAUGACAUGUCCAGUGAAGUAUAAGCUCUGACACUUCCAGUAUGUGUUCGUCAGUAUUGUCAAUGACAUGUCCAGUGAAGUAUAAGCUCUGACACUUCCAGUAUGUGUUCGUCAGUAUUGCCAAUGACAUGUCCAGUGAAGUAUAAGCUCUUACACUUCCAGUAUGUGUUCGUCAGUAUUGCCAAUGACAUGUCCAGUGAAGUAUAAGCUCUGACACUUCCAGUAUGUGUUCGUCAGUAUUGCCAAUGACAUGUCCAGUGAAGUAUAAGCUCUUACACUUCCAGUAUGUGUUCGUCAGUAUUGCCAAUGACAUGUCCAGUGAAGUAUAAGCUCUGACACUUCCAGUAUGUGUUCGUCAGUAUUGCCAAUGACAUGUCCAGUGAAGUAUAAGCUCUGACACUUCCAGUAUGUGUUCGUCAGUAUUGUCAAUGACAUGUCCAGUGAAGUAUAAGCUCUUACACUUCCAGUAUGUGUUCGUCAGUAUUGCCAAUGACAUGUCCAGUGAAGUAUAAGCUCUGACACUUCCAGUAUGUGUUCGUCAGUAUUGCCAAUGACAUGUCCAGUGAAGUAUAAGCUCUUACACUUCCAGUAUGUGUUCGUCAGUAUUGCCAAUGGCAUGUCCAGUGAAGUAUAAGCUCUUACACUUCCAGUAUGUGUUCGUCAGUAUUGCCAAUGACAUGUCCAGUGAAGUAUAAGCUCUUACACUUCCAGUAUGUGUUCGUCAGUAUUGUCAAUGACAUGUCCAGUGAAGUAUAAGCUCUGACACUUCCAGUAUGUGUUCGUCAGUAUUGCCAAUGACAUGUCCAGUGAAGUAUAAGCUCUUACACUUCCAGUAUGUGUUCAUCAGUAUUGCCAAUGACAUGUCCAGUGAAGUGCAAAGCUGAAUACCGUUCACAUGUAUCAUUACAACUGACAUUGUAAAAUAAAAACAUUUAUAUUAAAAGUUUAAAAACA